GCCUCCUGUGCGGAGAGCGCGUGUGUCCCUCUGCGCGCCCCUCCACGAGUUCGGCUCCCGCCACCGAGCGCGCUCAGGUGUUUCCGCGCUUGGAGCUCGCAGCCUUCGCCGCGGUAACGACAUGGACCCGGUGACCUUCGAGGAUGUGCGCGUGGACUUCAGCCGUGAGGAGUGGGCGCUGCUCGAGCCCGCCCAGAAGGUGCUCUACAAGGAGGUGAUGCUGGAGACGCGGCGGAACCUCGCCGCCGUAGGUGACCGCUGGGACGACCAUGGCGCUGAGGAACGUCCCGGGAACGUCCCAGGAAGCAGAAGGUCGAAGAGCAAUCACACUGCAGAGCGGCUGGCCGGAGGCUCCCAGCACGGCAGAGCCAUUGCCCAUCCUGGUAGUCUCCAGACGUGUGGGGGGACUCGGGACGGGAAGGAGCCUCUCGUGUGUGGCCGGUGUGGCCAGGCCUUUGCAUUCCGCAGCGCGCUCCUCCGUCACCGCACGACGCACGCUGGGGAAAAGCCCUACAGGUGCGAGCCUUGCGGCAAGACCUUCUCGCGCCUCAGCUGCCUCCAGACCCACGAGGAGACCAGGUCGCACCGGGAGCGUCUCCAGGGUCCUGGUGGAGCCGAGGGGAGGGUCCACAUGUGCGAGCACUGCGGUGAGGGCUUCUCCCGGCUCAGCCUCCUCCUGGCCCAUGAGAGGGUGCACGCUGGCCGGAGGCCCUACGCGUGCAAGCCGUGCGGCCGGGCCUUCCUGCGCCCAAGCCACCUCCAGAGGCAUGAGCAAUCGAGGUCACACCGGGACCGCCUCCAGCCGCCAGCCUCGCCGCGCCCUGCCAAGGAGGUGUACCAGUGUGACCAGUGCGACAAGGCCUUCAUCCAGAGGCACAAGCUGCUUCUGCACCGCAGGGUCCAUACCGGGGAGAGGCCAUACACAUGCGAGGAAUGCGGCCGGGCCUUCUCGCACCACAAGAGCCUACAGAUCCACCGUCGAACCCACACGGGGGAGCGGCCCUACUCGUGUAACCUCUGUGGCAAAACCUUCGCGUGCGACACCCACUUCCGCGUGCACCGGAGGACACACACGGGGGAGAGGCCCUACACGUGCGAGCUCUGCGGCAAGGGCUUCGUGAGUGGCAGUGGCUUGCGGGCCCACCGGAGGACGCACACCGGGGAGAGGCCCUACACGUGCGACCAGUGUGGCCGGGCCUUCGCCGCCCGCGCCCACCUCCUGGGUCACAAGAGGACCCACACCAGCACAAGGCCCUACGCGUGCGACCGCUGUGCCAGGGCCUUUGCGGAGCCUGCGAUCCUCCAGAUCCACAAGAGGACACACACCGGGGAGAGGCCAUACGCAUGCGACCGCUGCAGCAAGACCUUCAUCAGUCACAGCGGCCUCCGUGCCCACGGGCGGACCCACGUGGCGGGGAGGUGUCCCCGGUGCCCCCAGUGCGGCCGCGUCUUUGCAGCCCACAGCAGCCUCCGGCAGCACAUGAAGACGCACACCGGGGAGAGGCCAUACGCCUGCGAUCGGUGCGGCAAGGCCUUCGCCUGGGCCAGCAGCCUCCUUCUCCACCAGAGGACUCACACGGGGGAGAGGCCCUACUCGUGCGAGCGGUGUGGUAAGGCUUUCGCCUCCCGAAGUCAGCUCCGCAGUCACCGCAAGACCCACACAGGGGAGCGCCCCUAUUCAUGCGAGCUGUGCGGCAAGGCCUUCUCCCAGCCCGUCCAUCUCCUGACGCACCGCAGGAGCCACACUGGGGAGCGGCCCUACGCAUGCGACCAAUGCGGCAAGACCUUCCCGUACAGCCGGAGCCUGCGGAAGCACCAGAAGACCCACGUGGGAAAGAAGGUCCCACCCGGGCGACCAGUGCAGGAGACGCCUCCUCCGCGCCUGUCGCCCCCGCCCAUGCGAGAGGAAACGCUGCAAGAGACCCAAUGAGAAUGACUGAUGUGGCAAGGCCUUUGCGUAUCCCAGGAGCCUGUGGAGGUGACCGGCGUGGAGAAGCCUUUUUAAACUCUGAAUGUGACCAACGUGGUGAUGCCUCUGCACAUCGCAACAUGGCAGUCUUUGCGCAUUUCAGUAGCCUCUGAAAGUGACCAACAUGGUGAACUUUGUGCAUCCCUGGAGCCUUGGUGGUCCCGGGAGAACUCAUCCCGAAGGGGAGCCACCGUGACGAUGGAGGCCGCAGGAACACACUCACUGACACGCUCGCGUUUGGUGACACCGGAUCGCGGGUUCCACGGGAAGCAACCUGACGGAUGUCAACUGUCCAGGCAGAUAUCCCGACGCCCCUCCUCAUCUCCUCCGCACGCACACACUCCCGAGGCCCGGAGCCCUGUGGACGGACGUCAGGGCCUAACCCCCUCCCUCACGGUCUUUUCCGUGACGUCGGGGAACCUGUCCGGGCCAACGACCCUCUUGGUAUGUCUCCCGGCCUUUCCUGUCGCUCUGGGAAAAUGGUUCAAAGCAGCUAAUGUACAAAUGUGUAAUUUGGAUACCGGAUCCCCGGGACACCCGACAGCGCAGCAAGCGUCACACACGGGAGCCUGAGGCCCAGCCAACCCCAGUGCUGGGUUCCCACCGAAGAGCAGCAGGUCCCGUGUCUCCUAGGUUGCCGACACCCGCCGAGGGUUGAAUUUCCUGAAUCCACGCCGACACACUUGCUUUCCCUCACAGGAACUGAUUCAUGUGUCCGGGCGGAGCUGGACGAGAUGAGCAAGGGAGACGAGGUCUUCGCCUAGAUGACCCAAUCGUCCUGGAAAGCCCUUUAAAGCUUUCCAGAAACAAUAGUUGUUUUUUGAAAAGGCGAACACUGGUGACUCGGUCAAAUCUACCAAAUCCCUGUGCGGUGGCGGGCGUUGUGAUGUUUCCUCAUCUCUUGUCGACCAAAUUCCAAUAAAGGCCAGAAUUGUCA